AUGACUUAUCAAAGGGACUGUGAGGUCCUCGUUCUCCCAACUAGUCAUAAAAAACUGAACUCCAGUAUCGACAUGUGGGAUCAAGCGAAAGGCGAGUGUGUUGUCACCAUUUACAUCACUGAUUGGCACAAUAAAACACGUCGUAUUAUGAAUGAAAUGGACAAUGUCAGGAGUGCUGUUGCAGUGGAUUCCCUAAUGAAUUUCGAAACUGGUCUGUUGGCUGGAACCAUGCUUUGUGCUCGCGAUGUCGUUAUCGGUACCUUGACAGUGGGCGAUUUUGUGCUCUUCUGUACAUACAUCCUCCAGCUCUACAUGCCACUCAACUUCUUUGGCAAUUAUUAUCGUCUGCUUCAGACCAGUUUUGUGGACAUGGAGAACAUGUUCGAGCUGUUGGAGGACGACACCAGCAUUCACGAUGUUCCCGACGCAACACCUUUAGCUAUCACUGGAGGCAAAAUUGAAUUUAAGGAUGUCAAUUUUGCCUAUUUGCCUUCGCGGCCGGUCUUGAAGAAUGUCUCCUUCACUGUGAUGCCGGGCAAGAAACUGGCUUUGGUGGGUCAAACUGGCAGUGGAAAGUCGACAGUCAUGCGUCUUCUCUUCCGUUUCUACGAGCCCACAAGUGGAGACAUUUUGAUUGACGGACAGAAUAUCCUCAACGUGACCCAGCAGUCACUCCAUCAGGCCAUUGGUGUUGUGCCUCAGGAUACGGUUCUCUUCAACGACACCAUCAACUACAACAUUCGCUAUGGUCGACACACUGCACCCUCCGAGGAGGUGUUAGCCGCAGCACGAGCCGCAGAGAUGCACGAGCGAAUUCAGGAGUUUCCACAGGGCUACUCCACCGUUGUGGGAGAGCGUGGACUCAAGUUGUCAGGUGGGGAGAAGCAGCGUGUCGCGAUCGCCAGGACCUUGCUCAAGGCGCCUCAAAUCGUCCUUCUCGACGAAGCUACGUCAGCGUUGGACACGAGCACAGAGAGACUGAUUCAGGAGAGCCUGGAUAAGAUUUGCGAGAACCGGACCACAAUCAUAGUGGCGCAUCGAUUGUCCACAAUACGACACGUGGACGAGAUUCUGGUUAUGCACCAGGGCGAGGUUGUGGAGCGCGGUAAUCAUGAGGAGCUGAUGGCCAUUCCAAAUGGACGUUAUGCCUUGCUGUGGAUGGAGCAGAUGAAGAAACGGGCGCAUGCUUGA